AUGGAGCUCCAAGACCAUCUGAAGAGCGACUGGAGCCGGUAUUUUUGCCAUCGGCCACCACCGGAGUUUGACGCAAGUUCAAACCAUCAUCCUCUCUGCAGUGAGUUGAAAAGCGGCUCUCCGAGGCCCGAGGGCGGCUCAGAUCCAUACUGCAGCAUCUGGAAAGACGCUGAGCGAGCAAGAGUCAAGAAUUGUAACAAUCGGUCAUUUGCCAUGGACGCUAGACUAAGACUAGAUAGUUUGAAGUCAGGGUGUAAUUCACCCUUGCCUUGCAAUGUCAUGGGUGGGAUGUUGUACAACUUAAACUGUCAGAAAGACCUCUGGGACAGUGAUGAGUCACAGGAGGAAGAGUCUGCUUUGGACUUGGUCGAGCUCCUCGAUGUAGAGGACGAUGUAAAGGAUGAAGAGAAGUGUGCUCCUCACAGGUUAUAUGAGUCUCCGAAGAAGCAGGUGUUUGCGGAGGGAACCGAGUCUGCUCUUGGAUGGUCUCGGCACGUCCUGGAUAACCCCAGUCCCGAGAUGGAGGCGGCGUGUCAUUCACUGAUAACUCGGCUGGACCAAAAGUCAAGCAGUCAACUCCACAGACGUCCUGCAGAUUUCCAGCGUUCUGUUAAUGUCUCUGUGGGCUCCUCUCUGAGCAAAGCAUCUGUCAGGACGACACCAAUUAUCUCUGACAGUACAGAUAACAAUGAGCUGAGCAUCUCCCAUGACUCCAUAACCACAAGCUACAGACUGCAGGACAUCACAGAUGUCCACAUUAUGGCCCGUAUACAGGAAGCCAGUUUAAGACAGGACUAUGUUUCCACGCCUGCCACUGUUUCGUCCAGGAGAGGCCCUGAGUCACCAGCCGCUCUGUCGUCACUGAGCUCUUCCCCUUGCCUGUCACAGGCUUCAGUAGCUAAGCAGGGCUGCCAAAGUCCAAAACUGGCCAGACUUCACCAGCAAGUCACGCAGUUCAAGCUGCUUAAGCUCACUCAGAACCAAGCAACAUCACCAGGCAGGACCAGGUCACCUCUGCGGACCAGCCUCCGCUCCCUCCAGGCUGUUCGGAACAGCCGAAGUUUAGAGACCGACGACUACCAACCCGCAGACUCACAAAUCACUUACCCACCAUCAGCAUCCAUCGGGUCCAACGGCUCGUCACACUCAGUGAGAAACUCCUCAGACCGGACGGCCAUCGUGAAGAGGCUGCAGAGGUCUCAGUCGGCCAGCCCCUGCAGGAUCCCUCACCCUGCUAAGGGAUACCUGUCUCUUCACGGACGCGUUUUUGCUUCACCUGAGAGGUCAACCACUGUGGCAUGGGCCAGAAAUGUGCCAUCCACUCAAAGGUGAAAGGUGUCACCGGUGAAUCCCUGAUAGUGAUAUAAUAAUAUAAUGAGGUAGAAUUACAACAGAAAGAAAUGUAUUUCUUAUCUUACAUUAAUUUACUUGUAUGGUUGCCUAAUCACAUAAAUAGCUUUAGAUUGUGAAGGCAUUGAUGUCUGUACGAGGAGAAGUUAAUGCAUGUUCUGCAUCAGGUGAAGUUUCCAUUACAUGGGCUGGGAUCUGAGUUAUCUUCAUCUGUAAUGGAUUGUGUACAAAGACGCCAGAAUGUGUAAUUGGCAGUAUUUUAAGCAACCGCUGACAGAAGCAUACUGGAGGGCUGAAUGUUAUAUUACCAAGACAUCCUGUGCUGUGAAAUGAGACAGCAAAAACCUCAAUGAUAUGGACUGUUGUAAGUCAUAAGAGUGUCGAAAUGUCAGAUCUUGGCCUGUGGUGUGGAUAAAUUCAUCCAUCUGAGAUACCUUUGAAGUAAUCAGAGUGAAAAACUGUGCUCUGUGCUGCAGCUAUCAGUGGGUGCUGUGCAGUGGUUUUGCAAGCACGCAGCAGUGCACAUGCAUGAGGUCAACUAAUUCUGAACACUAUAUGCCUGGUUUGAGGUAUUGGCACAAUGUGAGGAAGUUAAUCCAUGUCGCUCAAAAAAGGGAUUCAUGUAGAUUUUCAUGCUGGUUUGAAUGCAGCCAGAUUUCACUUUAGAGCAGCUGAUUGCAGAAUAGUGUGUUUUCUGCAGUUCUGUGACAACAGGAAGUGUGCAGGUUACAAUACUUAGAAAUGUAUGUGGGUGUAGGCAUGGUUGCGUAUGCAUGUAGGUAUGUGUGUUCAGAGGACACUUUGCUGGGUGUUU